AAGUUCAAUGGGAAUAACCGAUAUUACCCAUUAUUUAUGAAUCUAAGGGCAGGAUUGCAUCACAAUUUAAUUAUUUUGAAAAAUCCAAUUUUAUUUAAAAAUCGAAUACUUACAACUCGAUUGUACAUGUUUGUUUUAAUUUUGCUUAGUGAUUAUUUCUUUAAUUAAUCAAAACUCGUCUAACAAGAUGCGUCCAAAGAGUCAAAUUGUUGCUGUGUCCUCUCUCAUGUUCUGUCUAGAGGAGCAAGAAUCUCUGUUGGUGCCGCUGCUUCAGUUCAUCAAAAAUGCACUAGACGAAGGAAGAUCUUGGUUAGAAGAGAAAAACAAAGAAGAUUCAAAUUUCUGUGAUAUUUGCCAGCUACUUGAUAACGCAUCUACAACUGUUUUAACCAAAUGUUCGGAAAUUAUUAAUAGAGAUGCAGACAGAGAGGUCCUAUCGCUGACUGAAAGCCCAGACAAUCUUUCCUCUGAACCUCGCCUCUCUAGAGAUAAAUCUUCAGAAAUUUUAGCAAGGCUAGAAAAUCUGGAAACUCUCAAGCAAGACGUAGGAAAACUGGCAGGUCAACAAGAUAAUUUUCAGCAAACAUUAGAAAAGUUCGAAAAAUCUCUUUCUUCCUUGAAAAAGACAAACAAGCGCAUGUCUAGCAAACUAACUAGAGUUGAGGAAAAGUUAAACAAAUGCGAAGAGAAAGAGCAAGAAGCGGAGGAAUAUCAAAACACAAUGGAAGAAAAAUUAAAUAAAUUAGAAAAAAAUCAAAACGACAUCGAGGAACAACAAAGUGAUAUGGAGGAGAAGUUUAAAGACGUAAUCUGCAGCCAAAAGGAGAUCGAUAAAAAAGCUACUGUUCUGGAACAAUCGCUGAUCGAAAGUGAGAAAAAAGUUGAAAAUUGUUGCCAAGAAAUUAACGCACAGAAGUCUAAACAUGAAGACGACACAUCCAAAAUAGAAGAUUUUAGAAGGGAGCUAACCGAGAUAAACACAGACAUCCAGACACAAGUCAAGUCACUGUCCAACAGAGUCCAGUUGCUGGAAGAUGCCUUACGAGAUUUGUCAGACCAACAAACCAGACAAGAUGUGGCUGGAGCGGUAGAGCGGUUGACGCGCAGUGUAGAUGAGCGGUUCGCCAAGAGCCGGGAGUCGUUAGACAGCUUGAGUCGGAGAAUCUCAGACAACGAGUUUAGACAGACACUUAAAUCUAGCAGUCUGGACGAUAAGGUUAGCGAUUUAGGUAAAAACAAAGCAAUCAGAGAUUUUACCUACAAAUCAAAGAGCCUUGGGGUUUAUCCAGGCUUUGGACAUGGGACUCCAUCUAAAAACAAAGAGAACAAUGAUUAAUGGUAGUGGUAUCAUGGGAAACAAAGGUUACCGUUUCAACAAUGUAAUGAGGGAGUUACUAGCCCUGA